CGCGACCUCGGACUAGAGCGCGCGGCUGCUGGUCCCCGCGUCCGCGUACUGGGGACUUGCAGAGGCGGGAGGGGAGCGUCGGGGAAGGGGGCGGGGGCGUGGAAAGAGCGUCCCAGCCCUCCCAGCCGCUGCAACUCGGCAGCAGUCACGUGGUGCCUGGAGUGGGCGGUGGGGAGCGGCGACGAGACUUUUUGGGUGCUCGGGAUCGUCAGGACUUCUUCAGUCCGCCGAGUUCGUGCCUUCAGGAGUUGCUCCACAGGCUCCGCGCACGGCCCGGGAGCUGCGGGGACCGGCGUCCGGGAGUCCGGGCGCGGGCGAUGCGGGCGCAGCCAGCAGCACCUGCGGCUCCUCUCGGCGGCGGCUCCGGCCCCAGCAGCUUCGGCAGCUGCAGCCGCUGCGGCCCGGUCCGCCUCCACCGCGGCCUCUGAAGGCGUCUGCCCGCUUCCCCGGCCGCGUGGCUCCGGGAGGAUGUGGCUUCUCGGCAUCGCAGCAACUUUUUGCGGAUUGUUCUGGCUUCAAGGCUUUGCGCUGCAAAUCCAGUGUUAUCAGUGUGAAGAAUUCCAGCUAAACAACGACUGUUCCUCUCCGGAGUUCAUCGUCAAUUGCACGGUGAAUGUUCAAGACAUGUGUCAGAAAGAAGUGAUGGAGCAAAGCGCAGGGAUCAUGUACCGCAAGUCAUGUGCGUCGUCAGCGGCCUGCCUCAUCGCCUCAGCGGGGUACCAAUCAUUCUGCUCCCCUGGGAAACUGAACUCAGUGUGCAUCAGCUGCUGCAACACCCCACUUUGCAAUGGGCCACGACCCAAGAAAAGAAGCAGUUCAGCGUCCAGCCUGCAGCCACAACUCCUGCUCACCUUCCUGCUCCUCACAUCAGCCCUCUUCCUGGCGCACUGCUAA